AUGGUAGCUGUAAAGCAUGAUUCAAGACCUCAGAAGCUUCAGAAAACUGGGGCGUAUGAGAGUAGGGUAGUGACUAGGUUUGGAGCUGAGGCGCUGCAACUUAAGAGCGUUUUGUCACGAGCAAGGAAGUAUAAUCACCAUCACCAUCACCCAAAGCUUGCUUCUCCUUUGAAGAGCCCAAGAAUCACUUCUGGGAAGAGUGCUUCUCGAAGCUCUAGGUUAAUAGGAGCAGCUACUAAAAUUUUGGAACCUGGACUGCAGGUUAAAGGCAGAGCUAAAGGUUCUCUUACAUAUCCUGCUUCCAUGUAUCCUCCUAAGACUGGCAUUGUGACAAAUAGUGUGGGAAAUGGGUCAGCAGUUAUGCAAAACCAAUCUUGCUAUGAUGCCUGCACAGCCAAGCCUUUGAUGGGGCAGAGUUCAUGCAAAAAUUGUGGUAAUUUACUUGAUGUUUUUGACUGCAAGCAGGAGGUUGGGGGACUGCCGGCUGUUCCUCCACCCAUUGUUUCGGAUGUGAUCACUGCUACCUCCAUGGUAUCGUCACAGAGGAAGGGAAAGUCAUUCACUCCCUCUCAUGAGCAAGAAAGAGGUGUAGUUCUUCUGAGAAGUCAGGAAAAGCUCAUAUCUGUUGUUACUGAAGAAGAGGGAAAAAAUAAUGCACAACAGUUAAGUAAUGAAACCACUACCAGAAGAAUGCCUAUGCCCCGUGAAGGUCCAGCUACAUGGAAUUCAUCACACCAACCAUUUAGAACCCAAGAGGAUGAUGCAUCUUCUUUUGCCAUAAAACAAAAAACUCAAACACAAGAACAGAUGUCAAGCAGCGAAAGAUAUUCAUUUGGGUCUACAAUGAGUGAUAUGCAAGUAAAAAGAGUAUCAUCAUCUGCCAACACAGUGAGUGGGACUAAAGAUUUUGUUGCUUUCAAUAGAAGCCUGAGUGGUAGAACGAGGAUGAGGUCACCUACCAAAGUGGACGGUUCCAAGUUUGACCUAGAGAAAAAACUUUGUAAUAGACAGCAUAAUUCCUUGUCUCAUGUAAGGUCAUUAGAGAGGAAAAGAAGGACCCCAAAUAUCACACAACUUGAAGGCACAGCUUCUGUUAAUUCAGUUGGUGUGAAACACAGAAAUCUUCAUUCUGAUGCACCGGGUAGAAAAAGGAGAGACUUUGAGGGUUCCUCCUUGAAUAGUUCUAAUUUCAGAAAUAAACAAGAUGGUCAGGGAGGAACAGUUAAGUUUAAUGACGAUAAGAUCAAUGAUGUAGUUUCAUUUACAUUUAAUUCCCCAUUGAAGCAAAAGAUAGGAAUAACUGCUGAGAAGGAAGAGACAAGCAGCGAUAAUGAGAGGAAGACAUAUUUCCAAAGACCUUCAGCUUUGAGAGUUGAUGCUUUAGGUGCCUUUCUAGAAAAAAAAUUGAAGGAAUUAUCCUCUAAAGGAGAUGAGGAGUUAGCUGCUGGUGCUCCACCUAAAAAACCAAGCGCCUUGAUUAUUCAAGAGCUGAUAUCUGCUCUAAGUUCAGAGCAUCUGAUCUGUCAUGAUGUUCAUAUGCUUGAGGAAAACGUUGGUUUCCAUGUUAACUGCAUAGACACAUUGAAAGUUUAUAGGGAAAAACAAGAAAGGUCAUUAGGAACCUCUUGCAAUGGUAAUCAUCUCAGUCCUGGAUCUGUUUUGGAAGCUUCUUUUUCUUCCAAUAGUCUGGACGAAAGCUCAGGGCAUGGUUUUCACGCUGACUCCAUGAAUUAUUCUUAUGGUCAACUGGAACAAUUAGAACAUGACACUGAACUUUUAGAUUCUGCAACAUCCUUUAACAAAGGGAGGAUAGGUGAGAUACUGACUACUCUUGUCAACCAAAUUCCUAAAGCAUUACAGUGUUUAUAUUCUUUGGGAACACCAUUGACAAGAAGCAACCUCAAGCAUGUAAAGGAUGUUCUCUUAAAUGCUGAAUUGGUGCUUGGAAUUGCAACUGACCACAGUGAGGAUGAAGUGCCACAACUUCUAAUUUAUAGGUUUUUCCUUAAUGAACUGGACACUAUGGCGGAUGAUGCUAUGUGGACAGAUUUUAAUGGCUUUGUGGGUUGCGAGGAUUCUAAACAAAGAAAGGAACUCAAGGGAUUUCUCUUUGAUUGUGUCAUAGAAUAUCUAAAAUCAAAUUGCUGCCUGUAUUUUAACUCUGGAUUCAAGGCAUGGACAAAGCUUCCGUUAUGCAUGGAAGCUGAGAUGUUGACUGAAGAGGUCAUGAGGGAGAUCAAGAAGUGGGCAUGUAUGGCUGGGAUGGUACCUGAUGAAAUAAUAGAAUGGGAGAUGAGCCACUCCUUGGGAAAAUGGACUGACUUUGAUAUUGAAGCAUUUGAGGCUGGUGUUGAUUUAGAUGGAGACAUACUUCAAAUUUUGGUUGAUGAAAUUGUUGAAGACCUUGUAGGUUGCAAUGAGAGCUCCAUUUCCUUCUAA